AUGCUUCUUCCUUCCUGCGUCUCGGCUAUUCACAAGCUCCCCGAGAUCACUGAUCUGGAGACACUUUACAGAGCUUCUGCUAAUCCCUCUGAUUUAUCAUCUGCCUAUCAACCGUCUCCACAUGAAGACGCUAUUAUCGGUUCUAUGACCGUACCUACGGUCACUGUAGGCGAGACGCAUCGCAAAUUACCUUAUUGCAUUCUCACAUAUCGCUCUUUGUAUCUUUUUGAUUCACAUACGGGGUCUCCAAUCUCUGCUCAUGUGCGAUCCGAUAGCUCUGUCUCCAAAUAUGGCUCAAACGUCAAGGUUAAGAUGUCACCCAAUGGGAAGAUUCUAGCCAUAGAGACGUCAGCAAACGUUGUUCUUGUAUAUACAAUUCGUACUGAUUUGAUCGACGAUGAAUUGCUCACAAUUUACAACAGCGAGGGCUUUAUCCUCCAGAAUGGGUUUCCUUCGCCGCGAUACCAAGAGAAGUCCACAUACUCCACAAGCUCUGCAGGAACUACAGGUACCACGGGUACCACAGGUACCAGCGGUAUCAACUUAAAAGCGGAUGCUGUCAAUGGAAUGAUGAAGACGUUUCUCAGUGUUUUCAAUGAUGAUUCCUGCCAGGAAUCACCUGUAAUCGACUAUGGGUUGAGAUUACGUAUGAUUCUCAACGUUCAGAGCAGACUCAGUGAAUAUUGCUUUCUGAACGAUGCAAGAAUCUUAUUGGUUAAUAGCAAACCACGUGCAUUACAGGUUGUCAAAUUGGAUGGCUCAGAGAAAGAAGAGGAGUACUUGAUGAUGGAAAGUCUCGAUUGGUAUCAGGAUAAUAAGCCCGAUAUCUUGGAAAUUGUCUGGGACGACAAAAUGCGUUGUGGUGUGUGGAUAAGUUCCAGUGGAAAGUGCUGGUUGGUAAAGGAAUCGAAGCAGGAGAAGACACCAGAUUCUACGCAAUCGUUGAUUACAAACAACGACACGUCUUCUCCUCUACUUUCACACUUUACUUUGGCACUUAAGGGCAUUCCUGUUUACUCUUCCUUGAUUUCGCCAGCGUCACAUUGUCUUCUCAGUCAUUCUAAGAAUCUCUGCUAUGUUGGUUUGACUGAUGGUUCUCUUCUUAUCUUCAAAUUGCUUCCUGAUUUCAGUGUUGGUCUUCUCAAAACCAUCAGAAAGCCUCCAAAUGCUGGCUCUUUGCUUAAUAUAUCACUCUCUCCUCUUUCAGACUCUAUAGUUGCUCACUAUAACAAUGGAUGGGUCAUCUACUCUUGUUUAGGAAACCUCAACUUCUCCACCUUCGAGUAUGAUCAGUUGAAGUUUACCAUAGUCAACGAUAUCCGUUUCAUUGAUAGUUUCCACAUGCUUCUAACGACAAGCGAUGAAAUGAUUUGGAUAUCAUUGGCAUGCCUCAAUUACACCUCCUGCAAUAUGAGUGGUUCCAUUAAACGACCCGUGCUCAUUUCAGAUGAUCAUCUUAGCAUAUUCAAAGCCUACGACAAGAAAUUGAUUGACAUGCAUCACUAUAAUUAUAGAGUCAGUGAUACUACAGGUAAGGAAACCAACAUUUGGCUUUCACAGUCAAUUCCGCUUUCUUUCCGACUGCGAAACACCCAAAUUCGAAGCUGCUGUGUAAGCGAUGAUGGCUGUAAUGUAUGCCUUGUGGGAAAUGUAGAUGUUGCCGUGUUCAGCAUUACGUUGCAACGUUGGAGGUUUCUUGAAAGACCGGAUAAUGCUCCUACUUCCACUUCUGCUAAGGCUUUGGCUGAAGCUACACCAGUUGUUGGCUGCAUGUGGUGGAAAGGCAACCUUAUUUUGGGUAGUAGAACGAGGGAAAAGUCUGAAUUGGCAGCAUUCGGUUCAGAACUGUUUGAUACGGACCAUCCAUUCGUAUACGAUAACGCUAUGUGGUAUUUUGAUUUUGCAGAGACUCGAUUUGAGAAUGAAAGGUUUUUAAACUUCAACUUGGACUCAUUCAAGGACGAAUUGAUAGUAAUUACCGAUCAAUUGAACGUGUAUACUUGGAAAUUGUCAUCAAAAGGCCAUUCGGUGGUAUUCUCCCGCUCCAAAGUAUACCAACUCAAAGGAUGUUUUGAUAGCAACAAUCAAAGUGAGACUGUUCGACUGAAUUUCGGUAGUAUUGCCAACGUGGGGGAUACAGAUCUCCUUAUUUUGGCCAAUACUGAUCUUUUCUACAUCUGCAAGGUGCGUGGAACACAAACUUCUGCUGUGUAUGAGGCCCGACUAAUUAGUAAUUGCGUGGAAUAUGUUGAGAAGCUUAGUGCGGGGCUCGUAACUGUGUUUGACGGGUCUCAGAUGCUUCAUUACAAUGUCGGAAAAGGUCAGGAUAUGACAUUAGUGGAGCCCAUCAAGAUAAAAAUUGGUAAUGACAUUAGCUAUGACAAGAAUGGACAUUACGUGAUAAACUCGGCUGGUACUACAGCUUAUCCUGUGACUACGUUGCCAGCGAAGAACAUUAUCUUUGGCGUUGAAGCUGAUUGCAUAUCGGACUCCAAAAUCAGACUCGAAACAAGUAAGAGAAACUAUUUGGAUGAUCUUGUAAACCAUUAUAUUAUCAGAAACAUUAAUGUUGCCAACACAGAGGAUCCAAACGCUUUGGGUCUCUCGGUAGUUUAUCGGAAACUUUGUCGAUACGGCCAGUUUAAAUUUGUUCUAGAGAUCUUGAUGGUGAACUAUAUGCAGAAGGUAUAUGAGCAUAAGAAUUAUGAUAACGGGAACGAAUAUUUCGAUCGAUUGAUGGAGUUGAUCAAUAUGACGGGAAAACAGUAUGAGAUCUUACUCAACUGUCUCAAGAAGACGGAGUCACAGUAUUGGGAAGGGCUAUUUGGGAAGCUAAAAGAGACUCCUCGGCAAAUAAUGAAGAAGCUGUAUGAAGAAGAAGACUACAGGUUAUGUGCACACUACUUUACCAUUAUGUUGACUAGUGGAGCGGAAGUGGAUAAGAAGAAAGACCAUGAAUUUAUAGGACAGAUAUUGAUGAGAUUGGUGAUGGGGAAAGAUUACGAAACAACGUUCGAGAUGGUCAGAUUCAUUAAAUUGAUAGACGAAAAAUGGUGUCACGAAGUCGUAGAGACUUUACGAGCACUGCCAACGAUUUGA